CCAAACCAACCAACCAAUUCCCGUGAACCAAUGUGCUAGCACGCUGGCAGGGUACGCGCGGCACGCGUACGCGGGCGCGUACCUCUCGCGCCCCGCGGUACCACUCAACGCAAAUGGCGAGCCCAUCAAGUUGCCAGAGAACCUGGAGAGCCUGCCGCGCGCGGAACACUUCUCUGCCCAGAGGCACCGCUGGAACACCAAUGAGGAAAUUGCUGCAAUCCUCAUCAGUUUCGACAAGCAUUCCGAAUGGCAGUCGAAGGAAGUCAAAAUACGGCCAAAAAGCGGCUCAAUGCUGCUAUAUAGCCGGAAGAAGGUCCGCUACCGACGGGACGGCUACUGCUGGAAGAAACGGAAAGACGGCAAGACCACCAGGGAAGACCAUAUGAAACUGAAGGUCCAGGGGACUGAGUGCAUCUACGGUUGCUACGUGCACUCUGCGAUACUACCCACAUUCCACAGGCGUUGCUACUGGCUCCUACAGAACCCCGAUAUAGUGCUGGUGCACUACCUGAACGUGCCGUAUCCUGACGAUAAUAAGCUGGCGACGGUGGCGCCAUCUCUGGCUCUGUGGGCGGACAAGAAGGAGUGGACGAAGGAUGAGCUCGUCAGUCAGCUUAAGCCUAUGUUCUUCAGCGAAGAUGAGCCCGACAUCAAUAGUGAACUGGAAAUCACAGGCAAAAUGUUUCAGACGGCGGAAACGGUGGAGGCCAUCGUCGGGCAGCUGAUGGAAAAACAGCGAGCUGCGCGGGCGGCAGCUCUAGCGAGGCAACUGGAAUGUGGCUGCCCGGACUCCACUUGCCAAGACUCAAGAACAUGCGUUCAUCCUCUACGCAGGAUCCAAUCUACCAAAGCACCAGCGUCAGACCACCACGUAUCUUCCACAACAGGACCUUCCACAAGACCCAUGUCACACCCACCUCGACAAUACACCAGAGAACACAGAUCCACUCAACCGACACACAGCGCCUCCCCACUCCUUCUGUCACUAGGACAAAUACAAGGAGGCGGAGGCUUAUUAAUCUUAAACGGAGCAGGCAAUAGCAGUCAACAACAUUCAUCACUAGUCUCACCAUUAUCUGUAACCUCUUUCGUCUGUGAAGAACCCAGAGAUAGGUACCGACAUCAGUACAAACCAACGUUUGUAUUGAAGAGGGAACUCCCUGAUAGCCAGCCGUCUUCGUGUAUCCAGAACACUGAAUCUUCAACGUACGAAGUAGAACCAGUUGAAGAGAAAGUGAAUAUAGAAACUUUUGAUAGGAAAAUUAAAAUGGAGCCGCGGAGUAGGAAUCAAAUGAUCGCGAGUGCUCCUGCAACCCCAUCGAGAUAUCCAGAUUUAGUGGAGCGAUUAGAAAGUAAAAUACUUACUGAUAACUGUGAUGAUACGUUAGUACUGCUCGGCACAGAUGGACAUUUAGGUCCUUCGAGCGCAUUUUUUGAUGAAACGCUAGAACUAUCACAUGAAGAUAUACAGAAAACCCUAUCAGCCAAUAUGCCUACUUGUGAACUAGAUAGAAGUGCUGUGAGAGUGACCGAGACUGCUAAUGUUAUGGUAUCAGGUAUCGAUACAAUGGAUUUUAUAGAGAGUUGUGAGGCUGUAGCUUCCCCGACUCAUGUCGUGGAUGAUAAUGUGUUCGUAAAUUUGGAUGCUUUUGAUAUGUUAGGAGACUUUCCGGAACUGGAAGUUUUGGACCCUUGUACGAUAUCGACUCACCCUUUGCCGAUACGUGGAAAAUCCCCUCCAACCGAGGAAGCCAACGAGAAAAUGCAGACUGAGAGUAGCGAAGGAGCGCUCAGCAUCACCGACUAUUGCCCCGAAUGGGCGUACCCUGAAGGCGGAGUGAAGGUGCUCGUAGCGGGACCUUGGACUGACACUUCGGAUCAGUAUACUGUGCUAUUCGACAAUUUUCCUGUCCCGUCGAUAUUGGUGCAGAAUGGACUGCUGAGGUGCUAUUGUCCAGCACACGAAGCCGGUCUAGCAGCACUCCAAGUAGCUCGCGGUGGCCGAGUGGUAUCCGACACUGUGAUCUUCGAGUACAAGGCUGGUCCGGCCACGGCACCUUCACCCGCGUCCGCUCCGCUGCCAUCGCUGGACUUCAGGCGGUUUUCGCUAUUGCAGCGCUUGCAUCGGCUGCAUGGAAGACUGCAGGUCAAGAUUGAACCGAUGGACGACGGUAACCAAAUAGAAGACGUGCAGCUAUAUUCCAAUCCCAAGUUCGAAGAGCGACUCGUCUCCUUCUGCCGGAACCUGAGCUCCCGUUCCUCCGGCAACUCCGAGGGCUUCACCACCGAACCUGGUGAAGAAGGCUCCACCAUCCUCCACCUGUCUGCAGCGCUGGGCUUCACCAAGCUGACUACGGUGCUGCUGCGGUGGAAGCAGGAUGACUCGAGCUUGGCGUUGGAGAAGGAAGUCAAUUUGGGGGCGAGGGACAGUGAGAACUGUACGCCUUUGAUGGUAGCGAGCGCAGCAGGCCACGUGGAGACAGCCAUCGUGCUGGCGCGGUGGAGCGCCGGCACGCUGUGCGAGGCGGGCGCGCGCCAGGCGGCGGCGGCGGCGCGGCGCGCGGGGCACGCGCGGCUGGCGGCGCUGCUGGAUCGGAUACACCCACCCACGAGGGAUGGCGUCUUCCUUAGACCUGAUAGUUUAUCGCAAAAGGGUCGCGCUGGCAGCUUGGAAAGUAAUCUAGUGAAGCGGCCCUCCAUCGACAGCGGAAUCAACAUGGCCGACGCGUUCAGAUCCAGCUCAGCAAUCGAUAAGCCUGACGGCAAAUCUACUGCCAGAUGGGAACGCAGCAUGUCAUUGCCUCUGGAUUCCGAUAACUCUGAAGACAGUCUCCUAGACUCCAAGAUCGGUCGUCGUAUGGACCUAGCUCUUUGGGAGCAGGAUGACCGGGUGUUCACGUUGGCGGAGCAGAUCAUAGCGGCCAUGCCGGAAAGGAUAAAGAACGAAAGCACCUCAUUGCUUGGCUGCGGGCUCGACGGUGGUAGUGGUGGGGGCGAAGACACGCUCAUGGUGCCGUUACUUGAUGACAGCAACAACUUCAGCAGCGAUUUCAGCUUUGAGUUCUGCGAUAACACUUACAGGACGUACUGUGGCGGCUCAACCCCAUGCUCGUCCGGCUCCGUAUCUCCAGGCUCAGCGCUUUCCCCACCGCCGCCUUCGCCACGAGCGCCUUCGCUGCCAACCGCACCUUCGGCAACUCUGCAGGAGUUCCUGAACGCUACCACACAUUUCUCUAGUCUUACGUUAAACGAUCGCGAGCAACGAGAGCUUUACUCGGCAGCCAUCACAAUCCAGAAAGCAUAUCGCCAGUACCGCGGCCGGCAGCUGCAGCGGCGGGCUGCCGCCGCCGCCAUCACGAUACAGAACUGCUAUAGGCGCUACAAACAGUUCGCGUACCUGAAACAAAUGCACUGCGCAGCGACCGUCAUACAGCGUGGUUACCGCUCACACCGCGAGCGCCGUCUCGCUCACCAAACUACCAUCAAAAGAACAUACUCACAAAGGAGGCAGAAUCAAGCAGCUAGGAAGAUACAACAGUUCAUGAGGCAAUCUAAAAUCAAAUUGCAGAACGCGCGAGCAGAAAACGGGAGGGUGGUCCUGCGAUCGCCGGAUGCCCACCAAAACUUUCUGCAGCACACCACCAGUAUACGCAUGCCCAAUAGGAAAGUAGACUAUUUGGCGCCACAAUCGCCAAUGGAUGCCGACGACGACCUGCUACUUGAGCUUCUGUUCAAAAUGUGACCUGACCUACGAUACCGACACCUUGUGUUUCACUCUAAUUUCAAACUCAUGUACUUAGAUUUACAAGACAUUUAACAUUUAAACGGUAUUCGGACGACAUUUAGUUUAGUUAUUAAGCUAUUAUUUACUGCUUUCGUCAUUGAAAUGAUUUUUAUCAUCAACUGAAUCAAUUUGAAAACAGGUUUCUUCUCAGUGUUGUGAAAGACUUCAGGCCUUGUCUUUUGAAAUUUUAAAAUUAUCUUUUACAUCUGUAAUUGUAAAGAAGCUUAAGCUCUUUCAGCACCAUUCUAUCUCAUUUCCUUAAAUACCUAUAUGUUGUUUAAUUUAAUAAGGUACAGACUGUAUUAGUAAUAAUGGAA